AUGCCAUACGCCCUUGGCUAUAUGGCGCGCCGUUGUUUCCGUCUUUCAUACUAUUGCCCGCCGCGGGCAACAGUGUUGGAAGAAGUAUUCCGCAAUACGCGCAAAGCGCUUGUGGUCGGUGGUGAGUGCAUCAUUGAUGCUAUGGGAUGGUACGCGGAGCCAAAUUGGGACCCUUCUACAUUGGAAGAUGUGCUUGGUGUCUUUCGUUUUGCCGCAGGCACAGUUCGGCUGGUAUUCGAUGUGGUUGAACCUCUCGUGGUACUCUGCAAAGUCACCGUGGCCUGUACGGGCCGCGAGUAG